GCAAAUGUUAUCCUUUGAUGAACCCCUUCUGGCAUGACAGUGUAAACAUCACUGCUUCACACAAACAGCUUUUAUACAUGCAUGGGACAUUUGCCAUCCUGAUGCCCCUCAGCCUGAUAUUGAUGAUUUUUGGAGGAAUGACUGGAUUCAUCAGUAUUCUUGCCAGGGCCUACCUACUGCUUCUAAUGACGGGGCUGCUUUUUCUUUUUGGAGCUCUUGUUACACUUACUGGGAUCAGCGUUUAUAUUGCAUAUUCAGCUGCUGCCUUCCAAGAAGCGGUUUGCCUCCUGAGGAGUAAGGAUCUCUUAGUAGAAAUCGACAUCAGGUUUGGCUGGUCUUUGGCACUAGUGUGGAUCUCCUUUGCUGCAGAAGUGCUCACUGGGGCUGUAUUUCUCCUGGCAGCAAGAGUCGUGGGCCUGAAACGGCGACGUGAACAGGCAUUGUGAACAACAGGUAUCAGUGGAACAACAGAAUUCUGUAGAGCCUAGAAAUGUGGAUUGCUUGGCCUGUCUGGUCACUAGGGAUAACAAAGUGGUUAGGCUGUGACUGAGAGUCAUGCAAGCUGUCAUAAACUCUUCUCCUCACAUGCACCUGUGAAACACAAAGAUUCUGAUAAAGCUGUAAAACAUUUCAAGUGCUCUCAAUAAGGAACCCUUUGUGACUUUAGAAGAAAGUACAUUGUACUGUUAGUGUUUCCAAAAUAAUUUCAGUUGGCAACUCAUGAAACAUCUCCAUUCAUUGCUUAGAACAAGACAGAUUUCUCACUCUCUCGUCUCCUUUCUACUGUCCCAGCAAAGUGCCUCAGAGUACCUUGCAGGGCAGUCUGCACAGUCCAGUUAGCUUUUGGUUUUUACUUCUGAGUCUCCUAGUAAGUAUGCCAACGAUUGCAGUCAUGUUGACAGCCUCUAUCCAUCAGAGAUUGUCUUACUCCAUGUCAGUUAUGUGUAAUAUCUAAGGAGAGCCUUCAACCUGGAGCCACAACAUCAUGUUCUCUUUUUUAGAUCAUUAUUCAUAGGAUGAAAACAAAGAAAUGAGUCGAUUUCUAAAAUGAGCUUUGGUGCUAUGAGUAAAUGAAGGGAUAUAAAGUCUAGAUGCUGUGAAUGACUUGAUGUUAGUUAUCCUGCAGACAAGUAGUGACUAUGGUGAAGUUCUUCUGAAGUGCAGUGUAAUGGUGAGUCUACUUCAAGAGAAAGGUACAGCUGCUUUUCAGAUGUUUUAACUAAUUACUGCAGCCACUCCCAACCUGUCAGAUGUUCAGGGUACGUGGAAGCCCAUAGUUACCUCUUUCAACUUAUUACUAGCUGCUUUUUCUAAUACGUCAUGCAGAAAACCUAUGUGACAGAUUUUCCAGUUUUUACUUAGCAAUUUGGAUGAUGCCAUUUGGCAAGUCCCUCGCUAUUUCUACUGUAGUAGAAAUGUGUUUCCUCCAGUAGUGCAAAAGGCAUAAUUUACCUACCUCUGUUAAAUAACGAAAUCAUUUUAUCAUUGUUUCUUGUGCUAAAAAUUGCAUGUUUAGUCGUAAGGAAGUAUUUACUCAGCUCAGCUCUGAUCUUAGUCCCAAUGAACCAAGUAUUUUAGAAAAAAUGAUGAGAGAGAGCUUCCAAGAGCUUGCAGUCUUUGCAGAUGUAAGGAAACAUGAUUACUACCAUGCUGUGAAUGGAGACCUGAGGCAGAAAAGGAUUGAACCAUCCAAUGUCAUAUGGAACCAGAGUUCUCAAUCUCAGUCUAAGGUCUUAGUUGGGGGACUUUUCUUGUCAUGAGGAUGAAGUUAGAAAUUCUGAAAUUAGGUGACUGAGCAGUAUAAGACCUUUGAAUAGCUAGUAUAAUUUGUACUUCUCAGUAGCUCUCACAUUAGUUUUCUCAAAUUUUCUGUGUUGCCUUACAUUGGGACUGUACAGUUCAGUUGUUUUACAACUUAAAGCAUACCAAAUCAGCUCUAUAAGGAAAGCAAGAACAAAUCUUUUGUAGCCAAAAUUCCAUGUGCUUAAGUGAAUUAUUUUAUGUCUUAUGUAAAAUGUAAAUUCUGUGUUUAAGUUGCUGUUGAAGCUAUUUAACAUUAUCAAACCAUUUGUGUGAUAUUACUCAGACCUUACUGUAAGCUGUUAUAGUAAAGUAACAUUCAAGUUAUUUUUAAUGUUCAUUACAGAUGUUCUUUUACAGUGGUUUUGAAUGGUGAAAAAUUAAAUAAAAUGAUAUCUCAGAGCUGGGGAUUAUUUACAAAAGUAUGGAAGAUCUAAGAUACCUAUUUUUCUUUAACUUUUUUCUGCAGAUCUAUUCUACAGUUAAUGUGAUGCUUUUGAAGUGCCUAUGUCACAUGUGGUAGGUAUUUAUAAGAUAUGUAUGCCACUACAGUAAAAAAUACUCAGGUGAUCAGGCAGAUCACAAAGAGCUAAUGAAUUUGUCAUUGAAUUAGAGUAAUUCUUAU